CAUCAGCUGAGAGAGAAAGAGAGAGAGAGAGAGGUAUGGCGGAGGUGGACAAAGACGGAGGAUCAGCGGCAGCAGCAGGUGGCGGUGGAAAAGCACCGACGGUGAAAUCGAUCUUCGUUUAUCCGAUCAAAUCAUGCAGGGGCAUUUCUGUUUCACAAGCACUCCUUUGUUCUACCGGGUUUGUGUGGGAUCGCCAGUGGGUGGUUGUGAACUCGAAAGGCAGAGGGUGCACCCAAAGAGUUGAACCAAAGCUUGCUCUGAUUCAAGUUGAGCUACCCAUCGAGGCUUUUUCUCAGGGUUGGGUGCCCAAAAACACUUCUUACUUGGUGGUACGUGCUCCUGGGAUGGCUGAGCUCAUGGUCCCAUUGACUAAACCAUCCUUACAGUCUGAUGGGGUCUCGGUCUGGGAGUGGUCAGGCACGGCCUUGGAUGAGGGAGACAAAGCUGCGAAAUGGUUCACUGAUUUUCUUGGAAAACCUAGCCGCUUAGUCCGCUUUAACGAAGAUUCAGAGACUAGACCCGUUGACCCUCUCUAUGCUCCUGGAUUUAAUGUGAAAUUUACAGAUGCUUUUCCAGUCCAUUUAAUCUCCCAGGCUUCCUUAGAUGCUGUGAAUGAACAACUAAAGGAACCUGUCAACAUAAACCGGUUUAGGCCCAACAUUUUUGUCGAUGGUUGUGAACCAUUUGCCGAGGAUCUAUGGAAACAGAUCAAAAUUAACGAGUUGACUUUUCAAGGCGUCAUGCUUUGCCCCCGUUGUAAGGUACCCACAAUCAAUCAAGAGGAUGCGAUGCAAGGGAGUGAACCAACUGAAACCAUGAUGAAGUUUCGAUCAGCCAAAGCCUUGGAAGUGAAUGCUACAAAAACAAAAUACAAGGGACGGGUUUACCUUGGACAAAUGCUCGUGUGUGAGGAUAAAGAUAGCAGUUGGAGGAAGGUUAUCAAUGUUGGAGACAUUAUUCAUGUUGAAAAGAUACUCCCGUCAUAUGCAGAUGUUGCCGUUUGAUCCUUUAAUAGCUAUAAGUAUGCUAAUAAUCAGUUUGUUGUCGACGCCAUCAAACUUCGACAUCAUGACAACCCUUGUAAUAAGGCCGUAGUCUCUAAUUUCUUGUUGGAUAAUUGAGCUUUAUUAAAAAUGCAAAAUUUGUGUUUGUGUUGA